AUGGCCAACGAUAGAGCCAUGGAGUUCUUACGGAUGCCAUCAUUCAUUAAGACGUUUUCCGAAGCGACUAGUAUGAAUGAGUUGCGCAUUCCACCAGAGUUUGUCGCUCUUCAUGGAGCGAAUCUACCCUUCGACUGCCGCCUAAUCACGCUUCUAGGAAGGAAGAGUUUCCCAGUUCGUGUCUUGAACAUUGCAAGUGGUUGCCAUUUCUACGCUGGCUGGUCGGACUUUCGGAUCACCAACGAAAUUGUUCACCAUGACGUACUUACUUUCACUAUGGUUGAUGCGGGGGUAUUUCUUGUGAAGCGCUAUAACCCAAGAACUGGAUGCCCUCCUCUCGGUGAUCUACAAGCCACUGGAUAUGGAGACUCCGACCAUAGUGAUGCCCCGGAUGUGGAUACAUCAGACGACUAUGUCCCAACGCAAUCUGAGGGUGGGGACUCAUCAGACGGUGAUGACUAUGCUGUAGAAGCAGGGGUGUUGGAUGAGGAUGGCUGUCCGACGUUCACCGUUACUUUUGAUUCGUCGAACAUCAACCGCACGCUGGAAAUUCCAAUGUCUUUUUGGCGCCGCCACAUUCGAAUGAUUUCACUUCAAGACCCCAUCUACUUCAAUGUAAACGGAGACAGUUGGUACAUCAUGCUCGACCACAAUGAAACCAAGAUUUGGGUGAAACGUGGCUGGAGACGUUUCAAGGAACGUAACAAUAUUGUGAUCGGUGUUCGCUGCCACUUCAAACUCAUUGAUCGGAAUGAGGUUCAGUUUUACGUGUGGUUUGACCGGCCUUGA